AUGGGAGAAACAGGGUGGAACGGGUUGUUGUUGCUAAUGUGCGUCUCUUUGGCGAGCCUGCCUGCUGUCACAUAUGCAAAGACGGUGAAAUAUCAGACAUUUGAGGAAGACGCACCAGGGACAGUGAUCGGAAACUUGGCCAAGGACAUCUCAUCCACUCCCUCUUCAUCGGGAGGCUCCCGGACCAAUUUCAGGAUGAUGAAACAGUUCAACUCCUCUUUCAUCCGUCUGAGGGAGAGCGACGGACAGCUGACCAUAGGAGAGAGGAUAGACAGGGAGCGCAUCUGCAAACACACCCUGCACUGCCUCAUCGCUUUCGACGUGGUCAGCUUCUCCAAAGAGCAGUUUAAACUCAUCCACGUCGAGGUGGAGGUCAAGGACAUCAACGACAACUCCCCCGAGUUCCCCCGGAAAGAGUCGAGUCUGGAGAUCUCCGAGAACACAGCGGUGGGCACGCGGAUCCCGCUGGACUUUGCCGUGGAUGAGGAUGUUGGGGUGAACUACAUCCAAAGCUACCAGAUCUCCGUCAACAGCCACUUUUCAAUCGACGUGCUCAGCAGGGCCGACGGGGUUAAAUAUGCGGAGCUGGUGCUCAUGAAGGAGCUGGACCGGGAGACGCAGGCUUCUUACGCGCUGGAGUUGGUCGCUAUGGACGGUGGCAACCCGUCCCGCACCGGAACAACGCGCAUCAACGUCAAGGUGAAAGACUACAACGACAACAGUCCGGUGUUCGACAGGAACAGCUUCUCCGUCGACUUGCCCGAGGACGCACCGAUAGGCUCCCUCUUGCUGGACCUGAACGCAGAGGAUCCGGACGAGGGGUUGAACGGAGAGGUGGUGUACGGGUUCGGUAACCAGGUGCCCUCAGAAAUCCGGCAACUCUUCAGAGUGGACAGAAAGACCGGGCGUCUCACACUGGAGAGUCCGAUUGACUUUGAAAGUAAGAACACGUACGAAUUUGACGUCCAGGCCACCGACCUGGGUCCGAACCCGAGCCCGGCCAUAUGCAAAAUUGUAGUUCAGGUGCAGGACGUUAACGAUAACGCACCGGAGAUCUCCAUCACCCCCAUGACGUCCAUCACGGCGGGGAUAGCGUACAUCACAGAGGCUGCGGCCAGAGAGAGUUUCGUGGCUCUGGUCAGCACCUCGGACAGAGACUCCGGCGCUAACGGACAGGUGCACUGCACGCUCUACGGACACGAUCACUUUAGACUGCAGCAGGCGUACGAGGACAGCUUUAUGAUUGUGAGUACCAACCCGUUAGACCGGGAGAAAAUCCCUGAGUAUAACCUCACGGUGGUGGCUGAAGAUCUGGGCUCCCCUCCCUUCAGGACCAUCACUCAGUACACCAUCCGACUGACGGACGAGAACGACAACGCGCCUGUGUUCAGUAAGCCAGUGUAUGAGGUAGCUGUGGUGGAGAACAAUGCACCUGGCGCAUACAUCACCACGGUCGUGGCGCGGGACAUGGACAUGGGGUCAAACGGGAAGGUCAGCUACAAACUAGCGGACACCUACUUCAUGGGCUCACCUAUCUCCACCUUCGUGUCACUGGACCCAGCCAGCGGUUCGCUUUACGCGCUCCGGAGCUUCAACUAUGAGGUGAUGAAACAGCUGGAGCUCCGAAUCACGGCCAGCGACAGCGGCUCCCCUCCUCUGUCCGGCAGCGCAAAUGUGUUUGUGAGGAUAGUGGACCAGAAUGAUAACGCACCGGCCAUCACUCAUCCCGCGCUCAAUAACGGCUCAGCUGAAGUCCUCCUGCCCCGGGACGCACCGACCGGCUACGUCAUCACCCGGGUGGAGGCACGGGAUGCGGACGAAGGUGUGAACUCGGAGUUGUCCUUUGGGCUGGCCACCGGUGAACCCUCCGUGUUCUCUGUUAACAAAGCCACGGGGGAGAUCUACCUCAACCAGGUGCUCAGCCACGACUUGGACGAAACCCUGAGCGUGACCGUCACGGUGAGCGACAACGGGAGGCCCGCGCUCACCUCCACCGCCACCCUCCACUUCCUCAUCAUCGCGGGCUCCCCGCCGAGCGACAGGACAGUGUACCAGUCAGGCGUUGGAGACGAGGUACACGCGCAGUGGGACCUGUCGGUGGUGAUUAUCGUUGUCCUCGCGGGGAGCUGCACGCUCCUGCUGCUCGCCAUCAUCCUCAUCGCCACCACCUGCAACCGGCGCAAACGGGACAAAAGCGGAGAAGACAGCGACUCAUACGGAGAGAAGGGCACACUGGAACGGGGCAGGAGCCACGUGGUGGACAACCCGCUUCUGCCUCUCCACGGGGCCGGGGGAGAAGCAGGCUUUGAGGGACACUCCUACAGCAGUCAGCCCGGUGGGUUCACCUCAGCUCACCCUGGGGGCAGCGACAUGUGCUCGGCCUCAGAGGACGGCAGCGAGGUGCCCUGCGUGUAUGACUCAGACAGCAACAGCAAGCCCAGAGGGAAUAAACACGAGGGCUACUCCACUCUGCCUGGCUAUGGAAACGGCAAAGAGGCUGUGAGGCCCAUCACCAUCUGGAAGGGCAACUCAUACACCACCAUCUCUGCCAGGGACCCGGCCUUCAGUGGCAAAGACAGUGGCAAGGGGGACAGUGACUUCAAUGACAGUGACAGUGAUGUGAGUGGAGACACUGGCCUGAAGAAAGAUGGAGCAGUGGUUCCUCCCAUGGGCGGCCAAAAUGCUCUGUGGGCUUGCACCAGUGAGUGUAAGGUCUUAGGUCACUCAGAUCGCUGCUGGAGCCCUUCAGCAGUAAGAGCCAACGCAGCACCCUCCCCAGCCCCGACCCUCUCAUCCUUCAGUAGCCUCUCCAAGACGGCCUCCCUGCCUAGGGACCCCCAUCGCAGAGACAACUACUACCAGGCCCAAAUCCCCAAAACAGUGGGGCUGCAGAGCGUGUACGAGAAAGUGCUGCACCGAGAGUACGACUACGUCCUGGUCACCCCUCCCAGGCCUGUGAGGGUCCAGGAGAUCAGUGAUAUAACCAUCCCUGUUUACACACCCACCCCGACACACUGUCCCAACAAUGACAUUUAA